CAUUCGGAGUGAGGACCCGGGCGUCACCCCGGGUCGUUAUUUUCCUUACUCAUAAGUUUAAGGCAUACCCUACAGCUCGCCGCGCCGCUGUGACACUGCUCGGCACUAACUCCACAGGUCACGGCGAGCGCCGCCCGACGCAGCCUCUAGCUGGGCUACAGUGUCCUCACUAAUGCGGCCGGUUCUUGUCCCCUUUCGCGCCGCGGAACCGCUACAGCGGGCCGAACCGAGCCGCGCCGUGCCGCGCCGUAUGCAAAUGAGAGGCCCGGGGACCGCGGGGAGUUGUGGGGCGUCCCGUCACAGCGGGCGGAGCCGGGGCGGGGCCCGCCGUACUUCUGGGGGCGGGGCGAGGAGCGGAAGUCGUAUGGUGUCACCUCCGGGACUCGCUCGCUGCGUCUCAUCGUUGGGGCCGCGAGAAGAUGGCGGACCUGUCUCUGGACGAGCUCAUACGGAAACGCGGUGUGACGGUGAAGGGGAGGUGAGCGGUUGGGACGGCGACGCAGCGCCUCGGGCCGGCGGCCCCCGGCCGCUCUUCGAGAGUCCCUUCGGGCGGCUCCGCUCCGGGGGCUGCGGGCCGCAGCUGUCUCGGCGCGGCCCGGCCCUGCUCCCGCCCUCGCGUUCCCAUUGGCUGAGCCGCGGGCCUGCGGGACCGCGCUGCCACGCGAUUGGCGGCGGCGGCCGUCACUCAGGGCCGGGGCGGGGGUCGGGCCCCCAUCUCGGCCCCUGUGCCUGGCGCUGUCCCGGUGGGGCAGGAGCGCUCACCGGCCCAUCCCCUCUCGGUCUUUUCGGGAUUCCUGGCAUCGUCCCUUUUCUCACUGAACUCUCCGACUUGCCCUGUCCCCGCCGCCUCCUGCUCGUCCCCGCCGCUUAACCCAGCGCUGCUCCCUGUAACGGGGUUGGCGCCCCUGAACGCCGUCGGGCUGCAGGUGUUACCCAGGCAGUGCCCUGGCGUGGCCGGUGCCCCCGCGCUCCCGGGAGCGGCUCGGUGCAUUGUGGGAGAGCCGUGGGAGGGCUGCUGGUGCUCGGGGAGCCGUAACCGACCGGGGCCGCCGGGCACCCGCGCGGGCGAGGCUGCCCGGACUUCGGAAGGUGUCGUCCCUCUAGCGUGGUCAGUGGCGCUCCGACUGAUUGUUUGAAGUGGUUGAGAGGACGUGGAGCAUGUUACAGAUUGGAGCUGCAAGACUUAACACAAGGCCAGUGUUUGGGGGUGUAAGAUCUCGCAUUGGGAUCCAGCAAAAUCUUCUGAAUAGAUCAUCACCAGCUGUGAGCUUCCAGCAGACUUUUGAUGCCCGACAGAAGAUUGGACUCACUGAUGCCCGGCACAAACUGGGGGUUAAAGAUGCCCGAGAAAAACUGGUUCAAAAGGACGCUCGGUUCAAAAUCAAAGGGAAGGUGCAGGAUGCUCGAGAGAUGUUGAAUUCCCGUAAGCAGCAAAGUGUUGCUGCUGAAAAGGUGACCAAAGUGGUGGAUGCCAGAGAGAAGAUCAGCUUAAAAAGGAGCACUCCAGCCGCUAUCAGCCCAGCUAUGGGGACAGUAAAUCCAGCCAUGAAAAUCACCAAAACUAUCCAACAGAAGGCUCCAGUUCCUGGACACUCUCAUCCAGCAGGAAUGAGGAUCAAUGUGGUGAACAACCAUACACAUAAACAGGGCCUAUAUGACACGGAAGAUGAUGAUGAAAGUGUCUCUCCCCUUCCUAGCAAACAGAUGAAAAUCACCACCACAAACAGUUUCCUGCACAACUCGACUGGUCUGAGCAGCAAUAAAUUCUCUCUGUCCAAGACUGUUCCCCUGACUAAAGUGGUCCAGAACGAUACAUACACAGCUCCACCUGCAAUUCCCCCUCCUAUGCGGACAAAGGCCUUGGCAAACAUGUCCCGGACCUUAGUGACAAAGGAAGUGCCUCCAAAAGAGCCAGCACCUGUUGAGCUGGCAUUCAGUCCUUUGGAAGGCACAAAGAUGACCGUAAAUAAUCUGCAUCCUCGAGUCACAGAAGAAGAUAUUGUUGAGUUAUUCUGUGUGUGUGGCGCUCUGAAGCGAGCCCGGCUGGUGCACCCUGGCGUGGCUGAGGUAGUAUUUGUGAAGAAAGAAGAUGCUAUCACAGCAUAUAAGAAAUACAACAACAGGUGUUUAGAUGGUCAGCCAAUGAAAUGCAAUCUUCAUAUGAAUGGGAAUGUCAUCACCUCAGACCAGCCUAUAUUGCUCCGAUUGAGUGAUACCCCUUCAGUGAAGAAGGAAGGGGAACCACGCCGGUCAAGUGCAAGCGCCUCCUCAAAUCCCCCAGCUGAAGUGGACCCUGAAACUAUCUUGAAGGCACUCUUCAAAUCCUCAGGGGUCUCUGCCUCCGUGCAGCCCACAGAAUUCAAAAUUAAACUCUGAGAGGGGGGAGCAAGCAGUGGACUGGAAAACUCAUAUAAGCUGGGGGAUGAGGAAAGUGCAGGAGUGCAGAUGUUAUUUGCAUUUGCCUGUCCUGAAGUUUUUUGUUUUCUAUGAUCGCUACCUUACUGUACAAUAGUGUUUCCUCUUGUGUGUGUACUUUCUGUUUUCAUAGUUGGAGUUUUCUUCCAUGAUUUUUUUUCCCAAGAGAAUAACUUUCCCCUUCUGCCAGUAAUGUAUUACCAAGCAUAUACCAUGUAACUUCAUCCUUUACUCCAAAGCCCCCAGUGGCCAUUAAAAGUGCACAUAGACUUUGA